GCCGUCGCUGAGUUUAGCAGCUUCGCGGAUGCGAGGCCAUCCCUUCCCGGCCGCGGGCCAGGCGCUCGGGCGGGCCGGGCGGCGCACAGCCCCCGCGCCCGUGGCCGGUCGUGCGCGCCACAGGCCACAGGUCCGCCCGCGCGAAGCGCGCUCGGCGAGCUCCGCCCCGCCGGUUGCCGGGGGGGACAGGCGCCGAGUCUGGUGGCCCGCGGGCCCGCGCGCAGGGAAGGCGAAUUCGCCCCCCGGCCUGUGCCAGGGGGAGGUCAGGAUCAGCCAGCAUCGCAACGGGAACUCGGAUCGGAUCGGAGCGCAAGUGGCAUCGGAGUGAGAGAGAGACUGAGAGAGAGAGGGAGAGAGGAAAUUCAAAACAUCCAAUUGCGUAAAAGUUGCCAGCUAGAAGUCAUUAGACCGUCUAGGCCGACACAACUGACCACGUUGCGAGGCGGGGCGGUUGCCGACUUGGAAGCGGUCGGGGGGGGUCCGCUGGAUGGGCUCUGAGAAAACUUGCCAAGACGAGGGGGACGAGGGCAUAUCCGCUCAAACAUUCCCGACCGUGGGCUGGCGCAGCUGGCCACUUGGGUUCCGGCGCGGUCAGCGAACUGCCACCUCCUCGGCCGCGAGCUCUCCCUCCUCGGCGUUGUCGCCCGCCGGGCCAAGGCCCGUGUCCGCGGCGUCCAGCAGCGAGUCGUCGAGCUCGGCGAUGUCCCGAGUGCCCUCCUCGGCGAUCCUGGAGCGCCUCCCUGACGGAGUCGUCGACGAACUCAUCGUCCCCGCCGCGGCCUUGGCUACUUUCUGGGACAGUGUGAAGUACCACUUUGCCCCUCUUGUCGGUAGUUGUGGUGCUGGAGGUAAGCUCUGA